CAAUUUAUUUUCCUUUUGUUAAAUGACUUGAAUGCAAAAUUGCCAAUUAACAUGUAGAAAUUAACACCUUUUAUCCACUGACUUUUAUCUAACAUGGUCUUGUGGUCACAUUUUGCAUAUGACUAUUCCAGUUCAGGUUUGAUCAAUGGUAACCCCCUAGAGUAUUAAUGGUGGUGGAUUUAGUGCCGGUAAUGCCUUUGUAUGUCAGGGGGUGAUAGCUGGAUUUUCUCUUGUUGGGUGUUGUCAUUGCUUGGCACUUCUAUGGAGUGAAUGUUACUUGCCACCUAUCAACCCUGAGCUGGUUAUUGCCCAUGGUUGCUGUUUUUGUUUGCGUACUGAUGUGAAGACCAUUGAUAAAGCAGCUGAAGGUGGUUGGGCCUCGGACACUACCCUGAGGAUCUCCUGCAGAGAUGUCCUGUGUCUGAGAUGAUUGUCCUCCAACCACCACAAGCAUCUUCCGACAUGCUCUGUGUGAUUCCAUCCCGCGGUUCACAACACAACAUGUGUCCCUCUAGUUUUAGACUUCCUUUGGAGAAAGAAUGACCAUCCACCUUUUUAAAUGUGACCACAUGAGUUAUAUCACACAUUUUCUCUCUCUGUCCCCUUGAUUAUGAGACCUGCGUCAGGUAAACAUGUAUCUGUAAAUCUGAGCGUUUGCAUCGGGAUAGAUCAUAGAACAGUACAGCCCUUUGGCCCACAAUAUCUGUGCUGAACAUGAAGUCGAGUUAAACUAAUCUGCUUCGUAUGAUCCAUCACCUCCAUUCCCUGCAUAUCCACGUGCCUAUCUAAAAGCCCCUUAAAUGCCACUAUCAUAUCUGCCUCCACCAUCACCCCUGGCAGCAUGUUCCACGCACCCACCACUAUCUGUGGAAAACAAACUUGCCUCGCACGUGUCCUUUAAACUUUCACCCUUCUGCCUUAAAGUUAUGCCCUCUAGUUUUUGACAUUUUCACCUUAGGAUAAAGGUUCUGACAAGUUUACCUCUUCAAAGGGAUAAGGGACAAACGCAGGCAGAUGGAAGUAGGUCAAAGAGCUCAAUAGAAAAACCCUGGAUCCAUUCUUGGUAAUCUAAGUGCAGUGCGGGAUUUUGAAUUUGCUGACACUUUUAUUGUUUGUGGAAGUGAACUUUGUGCCUCAAAAGGCUCAAUGUCCUGCCGGCUAGUUAAUAGGUUAGUGAAUCCUGGGCUCAGAGCUGUUCCCGACGGACAUCAUGAAGAUCAGGCUUCUGUUUCUGGAAUUGCUCCUUCUCCAGAGGGCAACUAGUGAGAACAUAUUGAUCUGGCCUGCAGAAGGAAGCCACUGGAUUAACUUGAAACCCAUCAUCAAUGAGCUGAUCGCAAGAGGUCACAGUGUUACUGUGGCUGUGAAUUCUACUGUACUUGACAUCGACUAUUCUGAACCCUCACCAGUGAAAUAUGAAGUAUUUCAAGUGCCGUUUACCAAUGACAAAAUUCAAGAUUUAAUGAAUGCAAUUGGGCAAUUCUGGCUCUAUGAUAAACACAAAUAUCCCACUGGGAAGCGUACAGAAAAUUCUCAGCAAUCAUGGAACGUGGAAUCAAAUUUACCAAUGGUCUGUGACGGGAUGAUAAAGAAUGAAAAACUUGUGCAAAAACUGCGAGAUUCAAAGUUUAAAGUCGUGCUCUCUGACCCCGUGCAUCGCUGUGGGGAGCUCCUGGCUCUGAAGCUGGGAAUUCCCUUCAUCUUCUCUCUGAGAUUCUCCCCGGGAUUUACAGUGGAGAGACUCUGCGGACAGAUCCCUGCCCCUCCCUCCUAUGUACCGGCGAUCCUCUCAGAGUUUACCGAUAAGAUGUCUUUUACUGAGAGAGUUCAAAACGUUCUUUACACAUUCAUGUACGACUGGAUGUGCAAACGGAUGUGGCAUGAUUUGGACUCCUAUUACACUGAAGCUCUAGGUGAAGUUGAAUGACUUUAACGCAAAAUUGUUAAUGAAAACCUAGAAUUUAAAGCCUUUUAACCACUGAAGUAAGUGGCAGCUACGUUAUUUGAAGGUGUACUCGUCUGACACUUUCAAAAUCCAAUUCUUUCCAAGCUAUUGUUCCAAACUCCUUUUACAGUGAAGCUCUAGGUGAGGUUGAAUGUGUCUUUUCCUUGUGUUAAGUGACUCGAACAAAAUUGCCAAUUAAAUUAGAAAUUAAGCAUUUUAUUCAAAGUGCCACCUACGUUAUUUUAAGGUAGACCCUUCACCAUUUUGACAACGUAUUUAUUAUUGGUACAUACGGUUCGUAAACUGAGCUAGCAUUUAAUGGCCCAUCCUUCAUUGCCCUUGAGAAGGUGGCGGCGAGAUUCCUUCUUCAACUUCUGCUGCCCUUGAGGUGCGAGCACAUUCGCGAUCAUUUUAGAUUAACCACUUCAAGCCAGACAGUUUUCAUUCGAGUAUGAGUUUAAGAUACGAAUACCAAUAAGUAUGAUAUUUUGUUAAUUAAAAUUGGGUAUUUAAAUAGUAAAUACCCACUUAGACCUAGUUAAGAAAUGUUAUCCUAUUAGAGAUAAUUACACACAAUCUCACAGUCUUUGACACUGUUUAAUACAGGAUUAUUAAUAAGCAAAAAAACUUUUCUUUUAAUUUAAAUACAGCAUUUAAAUACCUUCUUAGUCCAACCUAUUAGAUGAACUACUUACAGUACAGGUUCCGUUUUUUUUUUCCUGUGCAUAUAAUAUCUGGUUCUGGCCUGUUUUUUCUUUUCUAUAAUAUUAGUGUGUAAGGGGCGGAACUGAAUGAGAUUUACACCUAAGGAAGAUCACACAAAUGUUCCCACCAGUGGGUGGUUGUACACAGUAUACUUAAAUACUGCUUUUUUGUAUCAUUUAUGUUAUUUUGCACCUUUCUUUGGGAUAUACCAUCAGAAUUCUGAAAUUGGGAUCACCCACCCAACACCCAGAAAGUUGAGUUAUUGUGUUGCACCACCUGAAACAAGGGAACCUAUCUAGGCUAUAAUGCAAGACGACCCUCUGAAGAAAACUGGAGGAAUUACUUUUUGUAGCUGGAAUAUUAGGGGCGCUAAUGAGCCACUUAAAAGGUGUAAGGUUCAUGCCCAAUUAAAAUCAAUUAAUGCUGACAUCAUAUUUUUACAGGAAAUGCAUCUUAAAGAUCAAGCUCAGACCAGGCUGAAGGCUCAUUGGAUUGGUCAAAUAUAUCACUCCUCCUAUCUCUCCAAAUCCAUAGGCACUGCAAUUAUAAUCCAUAAGGGCAUACCAUUUAAACAUAAAAACACCAUUGCAGACAAAGAUGAGAGGUAUGUCAUAGUUUCUGGGGAGAUAUACUCUACCCCACUUACUAUUGUAAAUAUUUAUGCUCCUAACUUUGACAGCCCACAAUUUUUUAAUAAAAUCUUGAAUAUAAUUUCCGACUCCACCCAGCAAAACGUGAUAAUUGGGGGAGAUUUCAAUUGCGUUCUGGAUCAAUACCUGGAUAAAUCCGCUCAACAAAAGAGAUAUAAUACAAAAUCAAAAUCCAGUGAACUCUUAAAUAUGUAUAUAAGAAAUACAAAUAUAACAGACGUAUUGAGGAUUGUAAACCCAUCCGAAAGAGAAUAUUCCUUUUACUCAUCAGUACAUAAAACCUAUACACGUAUUGACUAUUUUCUAGUGGACACUAAAUUAAUACCUUUCACAAUUAAUCCCAAAUACCAUAAUAGUACUAUAUCCGAUCAUUCCCCGCUAACCUUCUCCUUAAAACUAGAAGGAAUGUUUAAUAAAAAAUCAUUCUGGAGAUUUAACCCUCAAAUACUAAAUAAACCGGAUUGUUGUAAAUAUCAAUAUCCAUCAAUACCGAUAUAUCUUCCUAACAUUUUUUCUCCAAAAUCUUAAUUCUCUGAUUGCAAACUUUAUUUGGGAUUAUAAAACACAUAGAAUCCAUAAACGGCAUCUAUGUAAACCCAAAGAAACGGGUGGAUUGGCUCUCCCCAACUUCUUAUACUAUUACUGGGCAACAAAUAUUAAAAAUGUAAUUUACUGGCUGGACAAUUUAUGCCAACAGGUAGACUGGUUAAUAAUGGAGAGAGAGGAUUGCUCGCCUUUUAAUAUAGGUACGAUUCUUCUCUCUCCAACAAAUUUGAAGAACACACUAUAUGAUAAAAAUCUGAUUAUCACAGCACUCUACAAACCUGGAGACAAGUCAAAUCAACUUUAAAACUAAGAAAUGUAUUUCUUCUUUCACCAAUAGCCAAUAACCCUUUGUUCAAGCCAUCUAUUAUAGAAAAUUGAAAAUAUUAGACUUGUCUUAGCAGUAAAACCAGAGCAUUUUUCGAAGACAUGGACACCAUUCAUUGAUUUAUUGCAAGGAUAGUAUGGUGCAACACAAUUUUGGAGUUAAAUCUAAUUACAGGUUGGGUGAUGGGUGGGGAGUGAUGCGAGGCAGGUAUAUCAUCACCUUUUGUUUUUCUUGCUGUUUUUGUCUUUUUAUUUCUCUAUGUCUUCCUUAUUUAUUUUACUUACUCACUCUUUGGCUUCACCAAUUUGGUAGUCCAGGGGUUCUAUCCUUGCACAUCCACUUCUUCUCUCUCUUGCUUUUUCUAUUCUCUUAACUAUAGCUAAAAAUAAAAAUUGAAGCUGUACAAUAACUGUAUUAUGUCAUAUGCCACUGGUUAUAUUUUUGUACACUGCUUCUAAUAAAUUUUUUAAAUAAAUAAAAAAUCUUUCCCAUCCACCAAUACAUACAAUUAGUUCAAAUGGUAAUUGAACCCACAUCAGACAGCUUUAAGAAAUUCUCCGUGAAUACCUUCAGUAAUACUUGAAGCUCAAACACAAUUGGUGACACAUAGUGUUAAUAUGAUGUUAAUAGUGACAUUUAAAAUGCGCUUAAUAAUGACACCCCCACUAUCUCGCAUAAAGCAGAUGUUUUAAUUGAUUUUUUUUCACCGAAUUUCAAAGUGCGGAUUACAA